AGAUAGGGGGCGUCCUCUCCGUGUCCCUCCGCCAUGCUGUUUUCUGUGCUGCGGCUCAGUGCUCGUCACCUGCGGACCCUCAGCCCGGUUCACUCCGUCUCUCACGCGUAUUACUCCGCACACAUGGCGAAGCGAGUGGCCGUGGUGCUGGCGGGAUGUGGCGUCUACGACGGGAGCGAGAUCCACGAAGCCUCCGCUAUUCUGGUUCACCUGAGCAGAGGAGGAGCCACUGUGAAGAUGUUUGCCCCCAACAUUGAGCAGAUGCACGUGGUGGAUCAUCUGAAGGGCGAACCAUCCCAGGAGAAGAGGAACGUGUUGGUGGAGAGCGCACGCCUGGCUCGGGGAGACAUCCAGGACCUGGCCAAACUAAGCGUCAAAGACCACGACGCCAUUAUCUUCCCUGGUGGUUUUGGGGCAGCGAAGAACCUGUGUACCUGGGCGGUGCAGGGGAAGGACUGCUCCGUCAACGACGAGGUCCAGGCGGCGCUGCAGGCGUUCCACGGCGAGGGCAAACCCAUCGGACUCUGCUGCAUCGCGCCUGUCCUGGCUGCCAAGGUGCUGCCCGGCUGUGAGGUCACCGUCGGUGUGGAGAAAGACGACAAGUACCCAGACACAACAGGCACAGCAGAGGCCAUCAACCAGCUGGGCUGCAAACACGUGAGCAAGAGCGUGGGCGAGAGUCACGUGGACGAGAAGAACAAGCUGGUCACCACCUGCGCCUUCAUGUGCAACGCUCCCAUCCACGAGAUCUUCGACGGGAUCGGGUCGAUGGUGCGGGACGUGCUCAAACUGGCUUGACUUGACUGGAACUCAAAGGAGAGUUUAGAAGAAGAAGAGGUGGUUGCCUGCUGAGCUGAUCUUUAAGAAGCUUAAGCAUCCUCUCGAUUAGAAGCACUUCCAGAUACUCGUUUGUAGAAAAAAUGUGCACAUCAUCCAGGAUUAUCUAUAACUAUGACAAAGAUCUGUUAACUCUGUGUAACUGGAUUCUAUUCUGAAGCAGCAGUAGUAUUAAUCACAUAUUUGCAAAUCAAUAGCAGGAAGAGUGUUGUACAGAAAAUGCAAUAAAAUGAAAAAGUCAA